AUGGCUGUAAUAGACCCCAUCAGCCCAGAUUCCAUCAGGGCCAUGUUCGCCUCUGCUCUCUCGAGCAUGUACCGUCGUGAAGUCUUGCAAUACGGAUCUCUUCUCAAAUUGGUAUCCGAAAUCAACCAUCAAAAACAGCAGCACAUCGAACCGCGCAUUGAAGUCGAGAGACAUGGCGCUAUCAGGCUUGGAACAUCAGAGGAGCUCGCCAUGAUGCGUCGCCUAUUCUCUGUGAUGGGAAUGCAUCCUGUUGGAUACUACGACCUUACUGUUGCGAGUCUUCCUGUGCAUGCUACAUGCUUUCGACCUCUCACAAAAGAAGCCCUCGAUUAUAACCCGUUCCGGGUAUUCACUUCACUACUACGCUUGGAACUCAUCCAGGAUGAAGCCCUUCGAUCAGAGGCUGCUAAUAUUCUGAGUAAACGAAACAUUUUCACUCACCGUUGUGUGGAGUUAAUCAAGCUGUUUGAGUCACAAGAACCCUUUUCCAAAACCAUGGCAGAGGAGUUUGUGAAAGAGUCUCUAGAAACCUUUAGAUGGCACAAAACAUCGACAGUCGACCUGAAGACGUACAAAGCUCUUCGCAAAGCGCAUCCUCUAAUUGCAGAUGUCGUCUGCUUCAAAGGACCUCACAUCAACCAUCUCACACCCCGAGUGUUGGAUAUCGAGUUAGCACAAGAUGAGAUGCUACGAUAUGGCCUGCAGGCAAAAGACGCUAUAGAGGGCCCUCCUCCCAGGUCAUGUCCUAUUUUGCUUCGCCAGACCAGCUUUCUAGCUAUCGAUGAAGCAAUAGCGUUUUCCGAGGGAGAGGAGGCUGGCGGAAGUCAUAAAGCUCGCUUUGGAGAAAUCGAGCAGAGAGGAAUGGCCCUGAACCCAAAGGGCCGUACUUUAUACGAUGAUCUUAUUAACGAGUGGCGGGGAGCUGUUGCUAAGCUCUCACCAGAGACUAAAGCGGAAACAAAAGAGGAGCUUCUGGCCAAGGUCUUUGAGAAGUUCCCCGAUGACAUGGAGACCAUUCGAAAGGAAGACUUGGCUUACUUUACAUACAAACCUGUCACCAACGCACCAAGAGCUCAGGGUGCGAGUAUCGACUCUUUGGUCAGCUCUGGAGCUGUCAAGCUUGAGCCGAUCACAUAUGAAGAUUUCCUACCGGUCAGUGCAGCUGGGAUUUUCCAUUCUAAUCUGGGGGGAGAUGGUGGCAUGAGCCAUGCAGCGGCUGCGGAUCAAGGCUCUUUUGAAGAGAGCCUUGGAUGUCCCGUUAAGAGUGAGCUUAAAUUGUAUGAUGCUAUGCAGGAGGCAUCAAUUAGAGAAUGUUUUGCGAAUUUAUAG